CGUGUUAUAUUUUUUUUGUACUUUACUCGUAUGCCAAACAAAAGCCAUGUUCAUAAAAGCGUCAAGUUAAAAUAGCUAGAAAAUCGCAACAAAUAAAACAAAUUGCAAUCAAAUAAUAAUAAAAAGAAAACGCACAACGCGAAACACUGCACAAUUAGCGCGUAAAGCUCAAUCUGCAGCCAACCAGCCAGCCAGCCAGCCAAAAUACUUAGUCUAAGUCGAUGGGGAAGACGACAAAGCCAAACAUCAAAACGAAACGCACAAAGCUAACAAAACGAGACGUAACGUCAAAAUUUAAAAAUCAAAACAACGUUCUAGCCUAACGAAUGCAGCACCAAAAUUUAGGCUUAGUUCCACGCCAACAUACUGAAUAGAAGAGAAAAGCAGCCAAUUGGCAAUACGAAAUAAGAUAAAUAUAAUAAGCAGAUGAAGCAUAAUUGAUACGAAAUAGAAAAUAGCUGCGCAAUAAUUUAGCUGAGCAGCAAUUGUAUUGCAAAAAUGUUUACAACAAUUGCAACACGAACUGCAGCGAAGACUAGUUGAUUGCGCCUGGCAGCCAAAGGAGCCAAAGGAGCUACAGGAGCUAGGGGUGCCAGUGGUGCCAGUGGUGCCAAAGGAGCUGCGCAAUGCAAGCGAACAGCAACCGAUCCACAUUAAGCGCACAAUCCUCCGGCACGCCGUCGGCCUCAACGAUAUCCUCGUCGCAGGGCAAGCAACAAGUUGUCGAACUAUCGGGCUAUGUUAUCAUACUCGUUGAGAAUGCGGAGGGUAAAAUUAAAUUAUAUGGCUCACCGUCCGAUCGCGAUAAUCUGGAAGUGGGCGAUGAGAUACUCGAGGUCAACGGGCUUAGCCUGGAUAAUAUAUCACGCACGGAAGCCAUACGCCACAUCCACGAUUGCAUCAAGUCCUGCACCAUCUGUUUGCGUGUGCGCAAGAAGAAUGAUUCGAGAUUGGCGUGGGAUAUUGGCAACUCCGUGCAGGACGCGUUUGUCAUUGCCGUCGAGGAGCACGCUAGGGAGCGUCUACAGCGGUUGGCUGCUUUGAAUCGUGUGACGCCCGUGGAUAUAACUCAGCUCUCGAAAAAGCUGCAGCAAACGAAAAGUGGCACCACAGCGAGCCAAAAGCAGGAUCUCAGCUUCCUGAACGAAUCAACGCCCAUCUAUGUGACGUCCUUUAGCAGCAAUCAAAUUACCUGUAGCAGCGCCACGAUGACAACGGCCACAGCUGGCGGCCCCAUCAGCACCCCCUCGUUGGCGCCGACCACAGCGACGGCAACGACAUCAACGCCAACAGCAGUGCCAUCGGCUGCGCUGAUGAGUGCCGCCGUGGCAGCAGCUACAGCGGCAGCGGCUGCUGCAGCAACAGCAGCAGCCAAUGCCGAACGCAAUGCUGAACGCAGCUCGACGACGGCGGCAAUUGUUGGUGCCACAGCAGCUGCGGCGGCGGCAGCGCUAAAGCAGCCGCCAGCAGGCAAUAAGACGAGCAGCGCCACUGGCCACAUCUACCAGACCAGCCAGGCGCAGCAGCAACAGUUGCAGCAGCUGCAACAGCAAUUGGCAGCGGCUGCUGCCGCCGGCAAGCCGCUGCAGGCGAAAUCACUGCUCGCGAGCAGCUUGCAGCAUUUGGCCGAGGAGGUGGACGAUGAGGAUAUGGACGACGACGAUGAUGAUGUGGAUGGUGCCAACUAUUGCGGCAUCACCUACAUUAGCUACAACAACAAGCACGCCCAGUUGCCGACAACAACGCUGCCAGCAACAACAACGCUGCCCGCUGCAGCCGCAACGCUGUCGACAACAGCGGCGAUCCAUCAGCAGCGAAAAUCGCAAACGAAAACGCAAACGCAGCUCCAGCAAGCGAACAGGCCGUUGCCGCUGCAGCUGGGCAGCGAUGCUGUUGCUGGUGCCGCUGCUGGCGGUGCUGGCGGUGUAGGCGGUGUGGGCGGUGCGGGCGUUGUCCAUUUCGUCGAUGCCCAGACCUCAACAUCGCCGCUGGCAACAGGAGCGAACAGCAUUGUGACAGCGGCUGAGAUUGCCUUGCCAGCGCAUGGACACGGCCAUGUGCACGGGACGACCACGCCCAAGACGGAGUAUUCAACGGCCAUAUCCAGUGGACAGUUGCAGCAAGCCUUUGCCGACUUGCAGCAGCAGAGCAGCAACAUGAGUAACAACAACAACAUCGCGUGCCAACAGCAGCAGCAGCAGCAGCAGCAGCAACAUUUACUUUUAAGCAACAACAAUAAUAGCAAUAAUUGCAUCACAUCAGGCAACAUCAGCAGCUGCAGCAGCAGCAUCAUUGGAGCGUCCGCUAUAAAAAAUUGUGAUCUACUAAUAUCGAAUAAUUUGUAUCCACCGCGACGAGAGUUACUAACUACGCUUAACGAUGACAUCAUUGUGCAUAAGUCCAGCGAUUGCCUUGGCCAGCCGUAUAAUACAACUGCAGCGCUGCCAAUAGCUGGCAUCAGCAGCAGCUGCAGCCAGCAACAGUUGCCGUUCGACCCGCAACAACAGCAACAACUACAACAGCAGCAGCAGCAGCAGCAGCAGCAGCAGCAGCAGCAGCAGCAACAGCAGCCAAAUAGUCCCACAAGUAGCAUAUCAAAAGGAAGAACUGAACUCUUACUUGGUGAUCAAUUGUUGCGACAGGAAUCAAGGCCACGCCGGCGUUCCGGCUCCAGCAUUGUGGUCAUUGAUGGCGACGAUCUGAAGCCAUGUCUGCCGGAUGAUUACAUUAGCGGUCAGCACCAUCAUUUGCAUCAUCAGCAACAGCAACAGCAGCAGCAGCAUCAGCAGCAGCAGCAUUAUCGCUCGCACUCAGGUGAUAUUAGGGAGAUUGAUCAGGAAAUGCUGACCAUGUUGUCGGUCAAUCAAGAUAACGGUCCACAUCGCGAGAUGGCCGUCGACUGUCCCGAUACGUUUAUAGCGCGCAAUAAGACGCCACCCAGAUAUCCGCCACCCCGUCCGCCACAGAAACACAACACCAACCACACAACAAUCACCAGUAUCAUCAGCACCAGCACCACCACCACCAACAACACCACCAACACCAACACCACCCAGAACACAACUAAAACUAAAAAUGAUCAUGCUAACAAAUUGUUAAUUGUUGCAUAUCAUUCUUCACAUCAACAUGAACAACAACAACAACUACAUCAUCAUCAUCAACAACAACAACAACAACACUCAUCAAAAACAACAACAACAACAAUUGCACUUGAUGUGGCCACUCAAAAUUUGUACAAUCAAAAACAACAAACGAAAUUGGAACAAAUCGAAAACUAUGAAAACGAUCUGCAAACGGAGCAGCAGCAACAACUGGCAGCAGCAACAGCAACAGCAGUAGCAACAGCAGCAGCAGCAACAUGUGCGCAGACAGCGCAGCAGCAAAUGCCCAGCUACAAAAAGCCAGCCGCAUUUGACAGCAGCAACAAUCAGCAGCACAGCAGCAGCAACAGCAACAGCAACAGCAACAACAAUGUUGCUGACGAGUUGCUGUGCGUGGUGGAUGAACUCUAUUGCAAGGGCGACAGCUCGCCAUCUUCGAACAGUUUCGAUGAUAUGUUGAGCAAACAGACGCUGGAAACAUUUGAGACAAUUGCAUAUCGUCACCUGCAGCAGCAGCAAACGACGAGCAAUUGCCUUGGCAGCAGCAACACCAGCAGCAACGGCAACAGCAAUGGCAACAACAACAACCAUAGCAGCAGCGGCAUAACAGCCACGCCCAAUAACAACAACAGCAACAGCAACUCCUUGAACAGCACACGAAGCAGCAGCAACAGCUCCAUGCACAACAGCAGCAACAGUCACAGCAGCAACACCAACAGUGCUGCAGCAUCCACAACGAGCAGCUCAACGAUGCCCGAUGAUUUGAGCAUGGCGCCGCCUGGUUAUGAGCCGGCCAGCAAUCAGUUGCUGCUGCCGGCCAAGCAUCGCGAGCUGCCCGUCGAUGUGCCCGAUAGUUUUAUUGAGAUGGUCAAGACGCCGCCUCGUUAUCCGCCGCCAGCGCAUCUAUCAUCGCGCGCCUCGCUGCUUUCGAACGCCAGCUCCUCGAACGCAUCCACAGCGCAAACGACGCUCUCGUCGCUGGGCGUAGUUGCUGCUGCGCCCGCCGCUAUUGCUACUGCUGCUGGUGCUCUUGUUACCAUUGCUGGCGAUGGCAAGCGAAUUGCUGACGAGCUUAAUGGCAAUGCCAAGCCUUUGCCGCCGCCACGUGAUCAUCUGCGUAUAGAGAAGGAUGGACGCCUCAUAAACUGCGCCCCAGCGCCACAGUUGCCAGAUCGCCGAAUACCCGGCAACGGCAGCGCCGUUCAACACCAGCAUCAGCAGCAACAACAGCAACAACAGCAGCAACAGCAGCAAAUAGCGCAGGUUGUGGCGCCAACGCUAGAGCAAUUAGACAGCAUUAGAAAAUAUCAGGAGCAAUUGCGACGUCGACGUGAGGAGGAGGAGCGCAUAGCCCAGCAGAAUGAGUUCCUGCGCAACAGCUUGCGUGGCUCACGCAAGCUCAAGGCGCUGCAGGAUACGGCCACGGCCACGCCCACGGCCGGCAAGGCGCUCGCCCAGCAGCAGCAUGCGGCAGCAACAGCAACAAUCGCUGGCGUUGAGAACGAGGCCUAUCUGCCUGAUGAGGACCUGCUGCCAGCGGAACACAUCGAUGGCUACGGGGAGCUCAUCGCGGCGCUGACGCGCCUCCAGAGCCAGCUGGCAAAGAGCGGUCUCAGCAACCUAGCGGGAAGAGUUUCGGCGGCGCACAAUGUGCUGGCCAGCGCCAGUGUGGCUCAUGUGCUGGCCGCCAGGAGCGCUGUGCUGCAGCGCAGGCGACCUCGGGUGGCCGGGCCGGUGCAUUCGGGUGCACUGGUCUUGCAGAAGGAGAUUGUGGAGCUGCUGACGCAGUCGAAUACAGCGACUGCCAUUGAGCUGGGCAAUCUGCUGACCAGCCACGAAAUGGAGGGUUUACUGUUGGCGCACGACCGCAUUGCCAGCCAUACGGAUGCAUCUCCCUCGCCAAUGCCCACGCCGACACCGACGCCAUCGCAAACGCCGACAGCGACGGCCACCACGCUGAGUGGCCAUAGCAGUCCCGUGGCUGGGGCUAAGGCAACGGCAACGUCGAGCAAUAGAACGGCAAUGGCUGUGCUGCCGCCAGUUGUGCCGCCAGUGGCCAGCUCGGUGGCGCAGCGUGGAGCUAUGCCGCUGCCAGUGGCGGUAGCAGUGCGUGGCGAAUCGCCUCCAGGCAUGAGCGCCUGCUUCGGCACACUGAACGAUCAGAACGACAACAUACGCAUCAUACAGAUCGAGAAAUCGACCGAGCCGCUGGGCGCGACGGUGCGCAAUGAGGGCGAGGCGGUGGUCAUUGGUCGCAUUGUGCGCGGCGGUGCCGCCGAGAAGUCGGGUCUACUGCACGAGGGCGAUGAGAUACUGGAGGUGAAUGGCCAGGAGCUGCGCGGCAAGACGGUGAAUGAGGUAUGCGCCCUGUUGGGCGCCAUGCAGGGCACGCUCACGUUUUUGAUUGUGCCCGCUGGCAGUCCACCACCCGGUGGUGGCAUCUGCAGCGGCCUAGGCAUGCAUCAUGUGGGCGGGAUGGCGCAUCGUGAUACGGCCGUGCUGCAUGUGCGUGCACAUUUCGAUUAUGAUCCGGAGGAUGAUCUGUACAUACCGUGCCGAGAGCUGGGCAUUAGCUUCCAGAAGGGCGAUGUGCUGCAUGUGAUAUCCCGUGAGGAUCCCAACUGGUGGCAGGCGUAUCGCGAGGGCGAGGAGGAUCAAACGCUGGCCGGCCUCAUUCCUAGUCAGUCCUUCCAGCAUCAGCGCGAGACCAUGAAGCUAGCCAUUGCCGAGGAGGCGGGUCUGGCGCGUUCUCGUGGCAAGGAGGGUGCUGCCAGCAAGGGUGCAACGCUCCUCUGUGCUCGCAAGGGCCGCAAGAAAAAGAAGAAGGCCAGCUCCGAGGCGGGUUAUCCGCUGUAUGCGACAACUGCGCCCGACGAAACGGAUCCCGAGGAGAUACUCACCUACGAGGAGGUUGCGCUCUACUAUCCCCGCGCCACCCACAAGCGCCCCAUUGUCCUUAUCGGCCCACCCAACAUUGGCAGGCACGAGCUACGUCAGCGCUUGAUGGCUGACUCCGAGCGUUUCUCGGCUGCAGUGCCACACACGUCACGUGCCCGGCGCGAGGGCGAGGUGCCCGGCGUGGAUUAUCAUUUCAUCACGCGACAGGCCUUCGAGGCCGACAUUUUGGCGCGUCGCUUUGUCGAGCAUGGCGAGUACGAAAAAGCCUACUACGGCACGUCACUGGAGGCCAUACGCACAGUCGUGGCCAGUGGUAAGAUUUGUGUGCUGAACUUGCAUCCGCAGAGCCUGAAGCUGCUGCGUGCCUCCGACCUGAAGCCCUAUGUGGUGUUGGUGGCACCGCCUAGCCUCGACAAGCUGCGGCAGAAGAAGCUACGCAACGGCGAGCCUUUCAAGGAGGAGGAGCUGAAGGACAUCAUCGCCACCGCACGAGACAUGGAGGCGCGCUGGGGUCAUCUGUUCGAUAUGAUCAUUAUCAACAACGAUACGGAGCGGGCUUAUCACCAACUGCUGGCCGAGAUCAAUUCGCUGGAGCGCGAACCUCAAUGGGUGCCCGCUCAGUGGGUGCACAACAAUCGCGACGAAUCAUAAUAUCCUCAGCUGCGACUGUUGCCCUAGAUCCACAGUCAGAUCAAGAUCAAGAUCCAGCCACAGGUUCAGCGCCAGUCAGCGUUUGCUUUGUAAAUACGUUUCAAUUCAGCCAUGUGAAGGUGAAGCAGCUGUCGAGUCAGCAGAUCAGCAGAUCAGCAGAUGAGCAGAUCAGCGGGUCAACGGGUCAAAUGAUCCCUUCGCAAUGUGUAUUAUCGGGCAUAGAGUAUCUGCACAUACACAU